UCUUAAACCCUUUAACUUUCGAAGCCAAUUGCUUUUCUUCACGUAUGUAUACAUAUAUGCUGUGUGCUACGAGAUUCAUCCAAACCAAUAAUACUAAAUGGCUUUUCAUUCGAUUCUGUGCUCUCCUUUCAAUCUGAUUCUCACUAUUUUCGUGCUCUUUUCUUGUUGUUUUGGUCUCUGUUAUACUUAUGACCAACCGGGUUACAACACUUUCACUGUCUCCAGCUUUAGCUACCCUCAGACAACGCUCAGGCCCUUCGAUUUGCGCUAUCUUAGAGUUGAUUUGCCAUUGUGGUUCUCUUCAUUAUCUAUUUCAUUGAGCUCGGAUGUAGACCUUGAUGCUGCUAGCUUAAGGAAGACUCCUGAAAGCGCCCUGCCAAUAAUUUGCUUCAGAGAUGGCAGUCCCCCACUGCCAGAUGUCUCAAACACUUCUCUAAAAGAUCUAGUGUUAGUUCCCAUCUCUAAUUAUUCGUUUGGAGGAAUACAAGCUUUUCAGAAUGUGGAGCAGUGUUUUCCUAUGCAGAAAAAUAUCACAAUGAAGUUGACAAAUGAGCAGAUAUCUCCAGGAGCUUGGUAUUUUGGUCUUUUCAAUGGCAUUGGACGUACAAGGACACAAUCAAAGAUGAUUGUCCGAGGCCCGACAUAUGCCUUUAGCGCCAACAUUACUGUGGAAGGAUGUACAACCCCAACAAUGUGGGGCCAGUACUGCAACCAAACAGUUGAUACACUCUCAUGUGUUCCAUCUGCAGGAAAUAUUUCGGUAGCCAAGUCAUACAACCAAACAAGUAAAAAUGUGGUUUCCUGCAAAAAUAGUUUAGAAGCUUCUUGCCUUGGUGAUGGUGAGCAAAAAGUAUACUCCUUGGAGGUAAUGGGAGUGGCUGAAGAGUUAACCAUUAUGGCAAUGAAUAUUAGAUUGAAUGUAACAGCAACAAAUAAUUCUGGGAAUUUUAUUGGAGUUAAUUUAAUGUGCUUUGUUCGGCAUGGUGCAAUUCCUUCAGCGGCACUGCAUGAUUAUUCCAGUAACAUAAGUAAAGCCCCUUUGUCAAUUCGCUCACCAAAGGUUGGUCGUUGGUAUAUUGCCAUUUUACCUGUUAAUAUUUCAAAAGAACUUGGAGGGACUCAAAACUCAAAUACAAAAGUUUGCUAUUCCAUGGAAUCACAAAUGCUUGAAUGUCCCAUAGGGAAGGCUGGAUCAAAUUGUACAUGGGAACGAUUUGUCCUUCAGACGAUACUCAGGAGAGGUUCAAGCCCCUUUGAAUCUUAUUAUUUGCCAGUCAGUGAAAAAGUAUUCUCAAAGUCAGCCAAUUUCCCUCUUGAACCCCUUCUAAGUAACUCCUCAUAUGGUGAAAAACCAGAUGAUAUUUGGACUUACUUUCUGUCGGAAAUUCCUCGUGGUGCAGCUGGUGGAAAUAUACACAUCCAACUAACAUCAGAUACAGAGAUAAAUUAUGAAGUGUAUGCUAGAUUUGGUGGAUUGCCAUCUAUUGAUAUAUGGGACUAUUUUUAUGCAAAUAGUACAAGAAGUAGUGAUGGCUCCAUGUUUUUCAUGUUGAAUAAUUCAAGCAAAGAAAAGGUUGAUUUUUAUAUUUUAUACGCUAGAGAAGGAAUUUGGGGUUUUGGAUUGAGACAUCUUAACACUAGUAGUAGUGCUUCCAAAGAUGAGAUAAUCAUGUCCAUUUCGCUUGAAAGAUGCCCCAAAAGCUGCUCCUCUCAUGGUGAUUGCAGACUUGCUUUUGAUGCAAGUGGAUUAACAUCAUACAGCUUCUGCGCCUGUGAUCGAAGGCAUGGAGGCUUUGACUGUGGAAUUGAAAUUGUAUCACAUCAAGGGCAUAUAUGGCAAUCGUUUUGUCUUAUUGCGUCAAAUGCGGCUGCUGUACUUCCUGCUUUUUGGGCCCUUCGACAGAAGGCAUUAGCAGAGUGGGUGGUGUACACAGCUAGCGGAAUUUUUAGUGGCUUGUAUCAUGCUUGUGAUGUAGGCACAUGGUGUUUAUUAACCUUUAAUGUCUUACAGUUUAUGGACUUUUGGCUCUCUUUCAUGGCUGUGGUGAGUACUUUUGUGUACCUAGCUACCAUUGAUGAAGUUUUUAAGAGGGCUAUUCACACAGCUGUAGCUAUCCUUACUGCUCUCAUGGCUGUAACAAAGGCAACCAGGUCUUCCAAUAUUAUUAUUGUGAUAGCAAUUGGAGCUUUGGGUCUUCUUAUUGGAUGGUUGAUAGAGCUCAUGACUAAGUAUAGGUCAUUCUCCUUUUCAAUUGGGUUUCAUUUUAGUAUACUUGAAAGAUGGCAAACCCUUAAGGAAUGGGUCCAAAAUCUUAUCAAGACACUUUUUAGACGGUUCCACUGGAUGUUUGUGCUAGCAGGAUUCACUACAUUAGCCUUUGCAGCAAUAAGCUGGAAACUGGAAACCAGUCAAAGCUACUGGAUUUGGCACAGUUUGUGGCACGUGAGCAUAUAUACGUCUUCCUUCUUUUUUCUUUGCUCAAAAGCAAAUAUUGUAAAUAGUGAGAAUCAAAGUCUCCCCAAUGGAAAUUAUGAGUUGACCCGGCAAAAUUCUAGGGACGAGGAAGUGAGGAGGAAUUGAAUUCCUAGCAAAAUUAGUUACUGUAAAAGUUAGGUCUAAUAAGACACUUAAAACUGCAUCAACAACUACAGCUGUUUAUUGUAAAAUCUUCUUCAUAAGGUUUGUACCCACUUUCUUAUUUUGGGAAAUAGGUUUUGUUCUUAGAUAUUGAUCUGUAUUUGCAUAGGUAGGAUUAAAGAACCAAGCCAGGGCAGGAAUGUUAUUAUUUCAGGGAGAGAAUAGGACACAUACAAAGAUGAAGUAUUGGUCAUUGUAAUCUCAAGUGUUUGACAACAUAUAUUUUCUUGUAUUUUUUUAAAGGCUUAAUAACAGAAGCAGCAUUGAUU